UACAUACCAUCACAGAAUAAAAAUAAAACACACACAAUGUAGCUACCUUCAGCCUACGUCAUUUCCGAUUAAAAGCUCUACUUCCGAAAGGGCGCAGGGUUUUCUGCCUCUUUCUUUUCUUUUAGAACGCCAUCAUGGGUCGCAUGCACGCUCCUGGUAAGGGCCUGUCCCAGUCUGCACUUCCCUACAGACGCAGUGUGCCCACCUGGCUGAAGGUUACAUCUGAUGAUGUCAAAGAGCAGAUCUUCAAGCUUGCCAAGAAGGGUCUUUCUCCCUCCCAAAUCGGUGUGAUCCUUAGGGACUCUCAUGGUGUUGCCCAGGUGCGCUUUGUCACUGGAAACAAGAUCCUGAGGAUCCUCAAGUCUAAGGGCCUGGCCCCUGACCUGCCCGAGGAUCUUUACCACCUCAUCAAGAAGGCUGUUGCUAUAAGGAAGCAUCUGGAGAGGAACCGAAAGGACAAGGAUGCCAAGUUCCGUCUGAUUCUCACUGAAAGUAGAAUCCACAGAUUGGCACGUUACUACAAGACGAAGAGAGUUCUUGCUCCCAACUGGAAGUACGAAUCCUCUACUGCUUCUGCUCUGGUGGCAUAAGGAGUCUUUCUCACAAAUAAAUAUCAAUUUGGAAAGA